GUUUUGUCAAUAAAUUCAUUUUGUUUCACAUCUCAUCAUAUCUUUCUUCUCUCCAUAUUUUCUCAACUUUUUGAUCAUAGAUUCCUAUGGCUCUCCAAAUAAAAAACGGAGCCUCUUCUUCUUUCACUCCCCAAUUUAUCUAUGAUGUUUUCUUAAGUUUCAGAGGUGAAGAUACCCGCUAUAAUUUUACAAGUCAUUUAUAUCAAGCUUUAUGUGAUAAGGGUUUUAACACCUUUAUCGAUAAUGGCCUUUAGAGAGGAGAAGAAAUUUCAACAAAACUUCUUAAGGCUAUUGAAUUGUCAAUGAUUUUGAUUGUUGUGUUCUCUGAAAAUUAUGCAUCUUCUAGUUGGUGCUUAGAUGAGCUAGUAAAGAUUCUUGAGUGUAGAAAUAACAGACAAUUAGUUCUACCUAUAUUUUACAAAGUAGAUCCAUCAGAAAUACAUAAACAAAAGGGAAAGUUUGGAGUAGCGUUAACUCAACAUGAAGAAAAUUUAGAGGAUAGCUUGGAGAAGGUUCAAAGGUGGAGGACAGCUUUGACUAAAGUGACUGAAUUGUCUGGGUUGAUAUAAGAAAUUGCAAGCAGCUUCAGGAAAUUCCAAGGCUUCCACAAUCUAUACAAGUUUUGGAUGCAAGCAAUUGCUGUUCGUUGAAUCCACAAUCGUCAAGCAGAUUAUUGAAUCAGAUUGGAGAAUUUUUAGGGAUAUUUCCAAAUAAAGCUUGCAAGGGAACAAGAAGCAGGAUAUUAAUGGAUCCACAAACAUCAUCAACCGAAAUACUGGAUGAGGUUCGUCGCUAUCGCUCAGUUUUGCUUGACGUGGGCUCUAAACCUGAAGAUGAUUAUUUUGUAAUUAUACUACCAGGAACUGAGAUUCCAAAGUGGUUGAACUUAAACCAUGAAAGUGAUGGAAAUGUCAUAUCAUUUUGGGUUGGUCGCACAUUUCCAAAUAUAAUUGAUGUCUGUUUUGCUUUUGGACCGUUGAAAUAUCCACGGAUGUCUACUUGUAUUGUUUACCUUUCCAUCAAUGGUUGUGAAAAUGAGAACAUUAGUUAUAAUCUUGAAUUCUCCGACCAUCUGAUGAUAAUUUCUUUUUCGAAUAAGUACUUGCAAAUCCAAUUGAAUAAGUCAAAACCAUCUGAAUUAAAUUACGUUGAGUUAACAUGUGAAAUGGAGGAUUGGGUUAAAAACCCUCCUAGAAGGUGGGGGGUCCGUGUAGAGUGCAUUUGUUGUUCCCGAAAAUCUGAUGUUUUUCAGUUGCCGAGUCCAAGUGCUACGCAUAGCUGUGGGUCUUCCUCAGUCCCUCUUUUACCCACUUCUAGUUGUGGCACUAAUAUGGAUCAAUGGGCUUUCAACAAUGGAGGAGAUUCUAGACAUCGGCCAAGAAGAAACCAUCGACCACCACCCUAUGCCAGACGUCCCCAAAAACACUACCUGUCCCACUUCGGAUGGCUUCGAAUCCGAUAUCGUCUCUGGAAAUGGAGCUCUCGUGCAACCCGAAUUCCAACUACAAUGCUCAAGUCUAGGGCUCUAAUAAGGGAAUUGGAAGAGAUAGAUCCCAGGUCUUUCAACAAUGGAGAAGAAGAUUCAGGGCUUUCAGUGGCCCACACUUUUGUCAAUGAUUGUUCCAACUCCAAGUUGUGUCCACCAUCAAAGUGGACAAGAAAAUCUUGAUUGAAUUCGAUGCCAAGGUAUGCCUCCUUUAGUUGCAUUUUUGGAUUCACAUCUUUGGGUGCUUCUCUUUCUAUAUCUCUUAAUAAAAGGCUCAAUUAUAUGAUUAUGGCUCAAGUAUUUAUUGCAAACACUUGAGUCAGUAAUGAUGACAGAGCCAUAACUUUAGCAUUGUUGGGUUGAUAUCUGUAGCAGUUGAUGAAAGUAAUUCCUCAUACAUUGGAGUGUUGUGCCCAAAAAUGAUCAUUCUGUUCCCUAGGAUCCUCUGUUAUGAUAUUUUGAUGACUUUAUUCUAGAUGGAAUCGGGUACAGAUGUAAGUCUUUUCUUUGGUAGUUGAUGUCCUUAUUUUGUAGACAUUAGAAUGAAUCUCUGUAUCUACAGCUAUGAACAAGUCUCCUAUUAAAAAGUAAGCAUUAUUCAUGAGCAAAUAGCUAUGCUUGUAUGUCCUGUACAAAAAAUAUACAUGGCUUUAACUUUCUUAUAAAUAAAAAUAUUGUGGAGAAAAGGUCACUUAUUAACAAUGACCUAUAGCUCAAUUGGUGCUUCCUCCUCCAAUAAUAAUGGAAUGGAUGGUGAGGUCAUGGUUUCAAUAGGAGAAAAGGACGAACUUGAAUUGCAGCUCCAAGAGCAACAACUUCAUUAGGUUUUACAGUCACAAUGGGAUUUUUCCAGUCAUCUUCCUCACUAGUUCCUGAACAGCUGGAAUGCAAGUUGAACCACCAAUGAGGAUUACUUCAUCUAUCUCUUUGAAGGAUAGCUUUGCAUCACUCAAGGCAGUUUCAACCUGUCCUCGAAAGACAAGCAAGCUCCAUGUCUCAUAGAGAGUGCUGAGAAAGUGAAAAUGGAGCUGUCAUCUCUGACUUAGACCAAUAUUAGAUUAUCCAGCACCAUUGUUUUCCCCUUGAUAAGUGUCUUGGUGAACAUUUGCUUAUUUAGCCUGUGUGAAGCAUGAGUCUCAAAAAAAUUGCAGCCAUUAGGCUCCCUCUUUGGCACACAUUCCAUGAAGAGCACACAUCAAAGUUAAAAGAGUUGUAGAGAAAGUGGAAAAGCUGAAAUCAACGUGCCUAGCUACGGUAUAUAGCAGCAAGUCAGUGGAGGGAAUCUAAUGCUUAACUUCAGAGCUUGGGGUCGACAUUGAUCAGUAAUUCCCAAGUAGAGCCGAACUUCUUCUAUUUGGAUGGAAAUAGUAGAGCCAUACAUGAAUCAUCUUGUACAGUGGAUCCUUUGGUGCUGGAAAUGUCCAAUAGUUUUCUUUUUAUAUUGAGGAGUUUGUUCAGAUGAAGAAAAUGUGAAUAUGUUCAACACACCAUAUAUGUGAUUGUUUAAGUAUCUGUAAAAACAUGAAAUUCUUAUUAGUUUGUAUUGAUUUUUAUCAAUUGUGAUACUAGGUAUUAUAGUC